AUGGAUCUGUUCGGCACUGCCAAACUUCUCAAUGGUCACCAGCUAUUACAGCGCUUCCAGCCCAGCCCGCGCCCAAUCGAAUUACCGCCACUCGAGGAAAGCUGCGACCCCGAUGGCGACAUGCGCCUUACGGCGCCUGUAAGGACGCCCAAUCUCAAGCAACAGAAAUGUUUUGUAGUCUCCUCCAAGGCCAUGAGGCUUGCCUGCGCGCCUUGGAGAGUGAUGCUGGCCCCGGACGGCCCUUUCCUGGAAGCUCAGAAGAUCGGCCAGAAGGAAUUAUCCUUCCCCGACGAUGAUGCCGCUCCAUUGACCACGCUACUACACAUAGCGCACUUGAACUUCGAUAAGGUCCCCCAGAACAUGACAUUUAGGAGUCUUCUCAGCCUUGCGGUCCUAACGGACAAGUAUGGCGCUACAAGACUCGUGCGGCCGUGGAUCAAGUCUUGGAUCACCGAUGUGUCCCACCUACUCCUGGAUCCAGGGUAUGAAGAAUGGUUAUGGAUUGCCUGGGAGUUCGGCCAGAUCGCCUCGUUUCAGCAGCUCGCACGAAAAUUGGUCUCUGAUGUAAGGAUGACUAGUGGUGGCCGCUUCGCUUUGCGAAUGGGAAGAAUUCUCGAUCCGUUAGCGGACGACUCUUAUCUACCUCCAGACAUCAUCGAGAGCAUCUUGAAUGUUCGACAGCAAGUGAUUGAAGACUUGUUUGAAAUCUACCGCGGACACAUUCAGAGGUUCAAGGCUCCCGUCUGUGGUAAUACUUUCGAGAUACUAUCCGCCCGGAAGAAGUGUGACCUUUGGACCUUCGGGUCGCUUACACUUCCGCUACAUCAGGCUGGCCUUAGUUUAGAGACGCCUUGGACAGCUGAUACCAACUGGAGUAUCGCAGAACUCUCUCAAAAACUGCUUAGCAUCAAGGUGGUCCCGUUUAAGCACAGAUUCCCACCUUCGCCACCUCCAACGACAGGCGAAAAUAACGGAAAAUCACAUAGUUCACUUCAGGCCGUCCAUCUCCUUUUCACUGUUCGAUUACAGCUCGUCCACAAAAAGGGUCCUUCGAAAAAACAAGCUCUUACACAUCUGACGGCGCCGGAUCAGCGCGACACGUGCGAUCAGAGUGACGCCAUGGACGGCUGUGACGACCCGCGGCUCGGCGGCCCGCAGACGAUACACGACCAAGCCAACGACCUCGGCCUGCCCACCGACUUUUUUUCAACAACGGCAGCAGCUGGAGUCUGCACACCAUCGGCAAGCUCUAUCCGCAAGUGGACGCCAAUCUAG